AUGACCACAGCACUUGCCCCUUUGACGGAUACGGACGUGAGCACAGACUGGGCGUACAUCAACGAAGGGAACGCUGCCGCAGUCUUUGCAUACUGUGGUCCGCAUCAUGAACGAUUCGAUCGCACCGUUCUUCGUCUGCGCAAGACCUCAGCGGGUGCACACAAUCACAGUCAAGUCGAUGAACAAGCGCUCGCGACAGAUGAAGAUGAAGCCGAAGACCCCAUGCUCGCGUUUCAGCACGUAGCCAUCGAACCCCUCAUUCCCCCCGAAUACCGAGCGCGUAUCGAAAGCGUUAUCCUUGAUCCUACAUGGCUUGCCUCCUUCGCCAGAGUACAUGAGCACAACAUACGCCCAGGUCAGGCCAUCGACGCUCGUCGCUCGCGCGCGACGCUCGCAGAGAACCUCAUCGGCUUCCCAUGGGCAGUCGAGAUCAAGCCGAAAUGGGGUUUCCUGCCCGCUGCAUCGCCAUCGUCGGUGAAGUCACGGACUUGUCGGACGUGUAUGCACGAUCAUCUUCGCCGGGUCAAGAAGCAUGAGAACGUACAGACGGUACCGGUGGAGGCGGAAGAGGGCGUAGAUGCGUAUUGUCCGCUCGACUUAUUCUCAGGGGACGCGGACCGCUUACGAAUGGCUUUGGGUGCUCUGUGGGAGCGCUGGAUACGCGGCGAUGGCAAGGAGAAUAAACUACGCAUGUUCAUACCUUGGCGUAUGCUUUUGCCGACUGAUACGGCUGCCAUGCAGAAAUGGAAGGCGACUUGCCUCAACCUUCCCGAGGACGCAGAUAUAGCGAGAUGCAGGGAAGCCUUCAUCGCGCGUCUCCUUCCCGCCCUUCAAACUACGCCCGUCCAACCACUCCUCGCUUCACUUCAACGACGCCUGGACGCUCUCGGGGAACCCAUCUCAACCGCCACUUCUUAUCCCGAUGCCGAACCGACGCUGGAAGAGUGGGCUGAGUUCAUUGGGCGCCUCCAGAGAGAUGAAGUUCGCGAAGAAGAUGCGCCACUUGCAUACAUGCUCAGCGCUACGUUCAAAGACUGCAGUAUGAUUAUUGGCCUGCCGGAGGGCGAAGAGCCAUACAUCAAACUGGUCGACCUUGACGUGAAAAGCGUGAAGAAGUUCGCGUAUUGGGUCAAACUUGACGAAGAGAUCGUCGAGAGCUACGGUCACUUGAGCGAAGCUGAAAGGAGGAUCUGCGUCGAUGCUUUGCUCGAAUCGUGA